UUGACCUUUUAGUGAUCACUGUCAGCUAGCUGACGUGACAUUCUCAAGAGCUUGUGUACUAAGUCAGCCAAGUAACUAGAGAGCACUCGGGAAAAUGUCUAUAAACCUCAAGAAGAACGAGAAAGCUCUGCUAGAUGCUUACAAUGACGUGCUGAGUAACAAGACGGACACCAAAUGGGUUGUGUUUGGGUACGAGGGGAAGAGCAACGACCUCAAGGUGGUGGAGACUGGAGAGGGUGAUCUGGAGGAGAUGGUGGAGGAGUUGAGCGGUGGGAAGGUCAUGUAUGGGUUCAUCCAGGUCACGGACCCAAACACACAGCUGCUCAAGAAUGUCCUCGUCAACUGGGUAGGAGAGGGUGUUCCCUCUAACCGCAAAGGAACAUGUGCCAGACACACACCAGAUGUUGCCAAGUUUUUCAGAGGUGCUCAUGUGACCAUCAACGCUCGCUCAGAGAUGGACUUGGACGAAGAUGAGGUGCUCAAGAAAGUCUCGACUGCCUCAGGGGCUAAAUUCAGUGUUCACAAAGAGAAGGCUCGUGCGAUGCCUGCAGCCGGCCCUGUGGGGUCUGUGUACAAGAAGGCUGACCCCAACAUCAACACCAAAGCCAGGGAUGAGUUCUGGUCCAAAGCUGAGAAAGAUGAGGAUCGUCGUCGUUCUGAUGACAAGAGAUCAGUGUCUGAGCAGCGGAAGAAGGAGGAGCAGGAUCGAAGGGAAAGAGAGCAACAAGAAGGCUCUCAGAGAGAAAGGGCUACACAAGAGAGAGCGAAACGCAUUGAUGACCAAAAGCAUCAAGAAGCUGCAGCAUUCAAGCGUGAGAAGGAAGAACAAGAAGCUAAGCUGCAAUCUCGGCUGAAGCAGAGGGAAACAGAGGUGGAGGCUGAGAGACAGAGAGAGGCAAGGGAGAGACAGCAGAGACCAGGAGUGGAGGCUGCAAACGUUCGUGGGAAAAUGUCUGCCUUUGAAGAGAAGGCUGCUGAACAAGUCAGGCCACCACCAUCAAGACCCCCGAAACGAGUAGUUAGGCCACCCCCUGCGGCUGCCCGUGAACCGUCACCUCCACGAGAGCCAACUCCCCCUCCGAGGGAAGAAACUCCUCCCCCCAGAGAGCUGACCCCCCCUCCAAGAGAGCCAACCCCUGAGCCCCAGCCAGAAGAUGUUGAUGAGUGGGCAGAUGAGGAUCAGCCAACGUAUGAUGACGUGGCAGGUGCUCAGGAGUCAGGUGGAUAUGGAGACUAUGAGCAGCAGCCAGCUGAUGACUACCCAGCUGAUGACUACCCAGCUGAGCCAGAGCAGCCUCUGUAUGAUGAUGUUGACCCGCAGGUGGAGCAACCACAGGAUGCCUACUAUGAUGCAGCUGCAGGGUACGGGGAUGAACCGGAACCUGACCAGCCCAUGUACGACGAUGUGCAAGCUCAGGAACCGGAACCGGAACCAGAACCAGAGCAGCCAUUGUACGAUGAUGUUCAAGGUCAAGAAAUGGAACCUGAUCAGCCCCUUUAUGAUGAUGUUCAAGGUUUAGAGGAAGCUGAGGACCAGGGCGGAUCUGGACUGAGAGCCAGGACCUUGUAUGACUACCAAGCAGAUGAUGAUGGUGAAAUUACCUUUGAUGUUGACGAAAUCAUCACAGACAUAGAAAAGAUUGACGAUGGUUGGUGGAGUGGGACCAGAGAGCUGGAUGGCACCACUGGCAUUUUCCCCGCUAACUAUGUCGAGCUCAUUUGAACAUGUAGAGUAGCACAGUGUAUAGACCGAGAUGUUAGUUUUUGACUUUUUGUUUUCUCUUAAAUUGUCAAUAAAACUUUUUUAGACAAUAGUUUUGUGCAUUGUGUUUUAAUUUAUUGUGAUUGCGGUUGAA